CUUUCGAGUCACGGCCUGAGCAGUGCUGUGAGUUGGGUAACUUUUGGUGCGUUCGCUUUGGGCGCUUUGCAUUGUAAGUGUCAUUCUAUCUUUUUCCCGCAGGUAAUGAGCGAUAAAGAUCGAAUGACACUUAAAAGCGUAAGCGUCCAAAGCGAACGUACCAAAAAUUACCCGAACUCGCAGCAUUGGGCCUGAGCAGCUGCGCGCGGUCAUCCUGUUCCAGCGUGCGCCAUUAUAGCGCCGUAUAGCGUGCAUACGGUGAGCGGCGUGAGGAAGAGGUUGCGUACCGCGAUGCUUACAAACGCUCGACGUCGUCGAGCGGGUGAGCGAGCAAAAUAUCGAAGCAAAUCGGUCCGCAAACGUGCGUGACUGGCAGAGUUGAUCGUGUUGGAGUUUUCCCAGGGUUCAACUCGAACGCACGUUCGUGAACGAGAAUAAAAGGGAAAAUGAAUGACGUGAAGAGGAGAGGAGAGAAGUGAAGUGGAAAGGAUUAAAAAGCGAAGUCACAGAAUGACACACACGUAUAAAACGCCAAUAGAUAUGGAGAGUAGGCCGGCACCGCUGCACUCGCAGCGGGUAUGCCGAUUUUGCCUGACAGAGUCGGAACCUUUGAAGUACAUUUACGAGCCGGACCACAACAACCCGUCCCAAGUGCCACUGACGGUACAAAUCAAUUCAUGCGUCGGCAUCGAGGUGUCCGAAGCUGACGGAAUGCCACAAAUGAUUUGUCUCAUGUGCCACUGGAAUCUGGACCGCUUUCACAAGUUCAGGCUGCAAUGCAAGAGAGCUGACGAGGCAUUAAGAUAUUACCCGUUGUCUGGGGUGCUACCUAGACCCUUUCCACCUAUUUCCAUCAAUCCACCAGAGUUAAGCAGCAAGAAACCUGCUGAGACUGGACAACAACACAAAAGCACCAAAAAGCUGCGCACGGACAACACUGAAAGGGAUAGAUGCGUGACCAGAGAGAGGAAGCGCGAGCGGGAAAAAGAAAGGGAAAGAGACAGAGACCGAGUAAACGAGAAUCAGCUGGAUAAGUCUUCAAACAAUUUCUAUGAGCAAUUUCAUGAUUUCUACGAGGAGGAGCAGGACGGCGUUAGCGAAGGUGAGGAGACUAAGAACAUCGAACGUGUGAAAGAAGACAGCAUGAAGUUGGAGCCAGGCGAGAUCAGGGUGCACGCGUGCGACCAAUGCGAACGAACGUUUCCGUUGCGCCAAGCUCUGUCGUUGCAUGUUCAGACUGCACAUCGUGAACGUAAUCACAAGUGCACAGAAUGCGAGCGUAUGUUCUUUUCCAAGUACGAUCUCAGCAAGCACAUGAACACUCAUUCGAAGGAGAAGCCGUUCGCGUGCCAGAUCUGCCAGAAACAAUUCUCUCGGCAGAACCUACUACUACGUCACGAGAAGGUUCAUCGGGACGAAAUGCGUUACGGAUGUCCACACUGCGAACGCGAAUUUUUCACUACGGAGGACUUGGAGAAGCACGAGGACGCGGCGCACAGAAAGGACAAGCCGUUUCAGUGCAAUAUUUGCAAUAAACGUUUCCAGUACAAACAGGGCUUAGAGCGCCAUGAGACGCUGCACAGCGAGGACAAGACAUUUGUUUGCGAAUACUGCAAGGAGGCAUUUCACACCAGCACCAAAUUGGCUCGUCAUCUCUCCACUCACGCUGGCCACCGACCCUACAUGUGCAAGCUCUGUCCAAGAACGUUCCUCUUGUCGCAUCAUCUCACGCGACACAUGCGCACGCACUCUGUAGAAAAGUGCCAUGUAUACGAGGAUUGCGGCAAAGCGUUCAAACGUAAAGAAAGUCUUGAAGUACAUCAGCUGACUCACACUAAGCGUACUAGAAUGGGUCUCAUGUGUGACGUUUGCCAAGAAUCUUGUCACAGUCGUGCUGAUUACGUUACCCAUAUCAAGCAGCAUAUUGAAGCAGGCGAAAAGAUGGGUCUAGACGGUUUGAAGGCGGACAACAAGUCCAAACUGGAGAUGGACUGGGAAGAAGAAGAAGAAGAGGAAGAUCAGUACUCGAACGGCGACGACGACUAUAAGCCACCCGCUUAUAUCAUCAAAAAAUUGCCGAAGUCAACACCACGAAGAGACGACAGUAAUGAAAAGGGGGACGAGGAAAAGGGGCAACAAUGUAAAGAGCAGGUAGUAUUUGUGCGCAAAAGGGACGGGAACAUGAUGAAGAAGACGAUCAAGACGCUGAUGCCAAUCCAACAGCGCGAAAUGCAGGAACAAAAGUCAGCCGCCAAGCAAAGUGGUUCGUCCACCUUUCAGAACGACACGAAAAACUUGUCAGCACAGAGCAAAGAAGAGAAUUCCACGAGCGCACACCAGAACGAUACCGAGGCGCCAAUGCAGAAGAUCGUCGCGUCGGUUGAGGAACACAAGAUUCCGCUGAAGUACGAAAACGUCGCAGUGCAGGAACAGUCCAAUGAGGAGUCAUCGGCUACUAUGACGAGCUCGGCCAUCAUUGCAUCGCACGAAGCUUGCAAGGCAGAUGUCAAGACUGAGAUGAGCACAACAGAAAUAGUAGCGACGGGAACAGGCGUGAUGACGUUCAUAUCGAUACUGGCGGAGUUGAUCGCGUCGGAGUUUUCCCGGGGUUCAGCUCGAUCGCACGCGUCCGUGGACGAGAGUAAAAGAGGAGAUAGAAGAAAGGCGCGGAGAGGAGAGGAGAAGAGAGGAGUGGAGUGGAAAGGAAGAGAGCGAAGCCACAGCGCGACACACGCGUACAGAACGCCGGCGGAUAUGGAGAGUAGGCCGGCGCCGCUGCGCUCGCGGCGGGUAUGCCGAUUCUGCCUGACGGAAUCAGAACCGCUGAAUUACAUCUACGAGCGGGAUCACAACAAGCCCUUCCAGGUGCCACUUACACUACAAAUCAUGUCGUGCGUCGCCAUCGAGGUGUACGCAGCUGACGGAAUGCCACAAAUGAUUUGCUCCAUGUGCCGCUGGAAUCUGGACCGUUCCUACAAGUUCAAGCUGCAAUGCAAGAAGGCUGACGAGGCAUUGAGGGAUUACCCGUUGUCUGGGGUGCUACCCAGACCUUUUCCGCCUAUUCCCAACGACCCACCAGAAGUAAACAUGAAAAGACCUGCUGAGGCGAGACAGCAACACGAGAACACCAAAAAGCCACGCACUGACAAUACUGAAAGGGAGAGACGCGUAACCAGAGAGAGGGAGCGCGAGCGGGAGAGAGACAGAGACCGAGCAAACGAGAAGCAACGUGAUAAGUCUUCAAACGAGCAACGCCAUGAUUUCUACGAGGAGGAGCAAGAAGACGGCGGUAGCGAAGGUGAGGAGACUAAGAACGUCGAACGUGUGAAAGAGGACAGCAUGAAGCUGGAGCCAGGCGAGAUCAGAGUGCACGCGUGCGACCAAUGCGAACGAACGUUUCCGUUACGCCAAGCUCUGUCAUUGCAUAUUCAGUCUGCACAUCGCGAACGGAACUAUAAGUGCACAGAAUGCGAGCGUAUGUUCUUUUCCAAGUAUGACCUUAGCAAGCAUUUGAGCACUCAUUCGGAAGAGAAGCCAUUCGCGUGCCAGAUCUGUCAGAAGCAAUUCUCUCGACAGAACUUGCUGCAACGCCACGAAAAGGUGCAUCGAGACGAGACGCGUUACGGAUGCCCGCAUUGCGAGCGCGAAUUUUUCACCACGGAGGACCUGGAGAAGCACGAAGACGCGGCGCACAAAAAGGAGAAACCGUUUCAGUGUAAUAUUUGCAAUAAACGUUUCCAGUACAAGCAAGGCUUAGAACGCCAUGAGACGCUGCACAACGAGGACAAAACGUUUGUUUGCGAAUAUUGCAAGGAGGCGUUCCACACCAGCACCAAAUUAGCGCGUCAUCUCUCCUCUCACGCUGGCCAUCGACCCUACAUGUGCAAGCUUUGUCCAAGAACGUUCCUCUUGUCGCAUCAUCUGACGCGACAUAUGCGAACGCACUCAGUAGAAAAGCGCCAUGUAUGCGAGGACUGCGGCAAAGCGUUUAAACGUAAAGAAAGUCUUGAGGUACACCAGCUGACUCACACUAAGCGUACUGGAAUGGGUCUUACGUGUGAUGUUUGUCAAGAGUCUUGUCGCAAUCGUGCCGACUACGUCACCCACAUCAAGCAGCACAUUGAAGCAGGCGAAAAGAUGGGCCCGGACGGUUUGCAACCGGACAAUAAGGCCAGGCCGGAGGCGGACUCGGAAGAAGAGGAAGAAGAAGAGGAUCAGUACUCAGACGGUGACGACGAUUAUGAGCCGCCCGCUUAUAUUAUCAAGAAAAUGCCGAAGCCAUCACCGCGGAAAGAGGACAGCGACGAAGAGGAGGACGAGGAAGAGGGGCAGCAACGUAAGGAGCAGGUAGUAUUCGUGCGUGGAAAGGACGGGAACAUGGUAAAGAAGACGAUUAAGACGCUGAUGCCAAUUCAACGCCGCGAAAUGCAUGAACAAAAGUCCACGGCCAAGCAAAGUGGCUCGUCCACCUCCCAAAGCGGCACGAAAAACUCAUCGGCACAAAGUAAAGAAGAAAAUCCCAAGGGCACACGCUUGGACGAUACCGAGGCGCAAGUACAAAAGAUCGUCGCGUCAGUGUUUAAGGAGCACAAGAUUCCGCUGAAGCACCAAAACGCCGCAGCGCAGGAACAGUCCAACAAGGAGUCAUCGGCCACUGUGACGAGUUCGCAGGCCACCACUGCAUCGCACGAGGCUCGCAAGGCAGACGACAAGACCGAGAUGGGCACAGAAAUAGUAGCGAUGGGAACGGGCGUGAUGACGCCUACAUCCAAAAACGUCAAAGUCAUUAAGAGGUUCGUCUUGAGGAAACCGGGUGGAAAUAUCGAAGGGACGCCCUCGAACAUAAAUACGAACAUAAGUACACAAGAGAUCUCUUCUACCUCGGUUGUGAGCAACCCCAGCAGCAGCAGCAGCACUCCAAUCCCCGGGACCAAGGUUAACAAGCGUUUGAUAGUGCGCCGAAUCAUCCGCCACGGUGAUACCACCCGCGAGGUAGUUAUGAAUCCAGACGGCACCGUCGUCGACCCAGCCGAAUUGGCAAAAUUGCCAUCCGGAAAUGUGGUGAAGCGAGUGGUGGUAAAGGCCAAAGGUCAGAACCUGGUACAGGCAUUGCUGCAUCGAGUGGAGCAUCAGAAAGCCGGCGAGACCAUCUUGGACGACACGAUGACCAACAAGUUUGAGUUGAAGACCAGUCCGUCGUCGUCUAACGGCAAUAGCUCUGUAGUGACAAUAGCAGCCUCCGCCACGUCCACGCCCAAAAACACGAUCACGUCUCCAAAGGCGACGAACCAACAACAAUCAAUUGUGCAAGAGGAUCAGGAGACGAAGGAGAAGCUAGAACGACUGGAGAAGCGAGUAGAGCAGCAAAGACUGAAGAUCGAAGAGCUGCAGGCGAGAAAACAGGAAUACGAGGCAAUUGAUGAUAUGCUGCCAGAACGGCACGACGAAUCCGAGGACGAGCAACAAUUACCGCUGAAGAGGGUGUUCGUCAAACGGAAGCAAAGCAUUUAUGACGAGGAACAAGAGUACAACGAUAAUGACACAGAGAUGACGACGGCCGCGAAACCGGUUGCCAAAAACGUGACCGAGCAAUCUGUUGUUAAUGAAGAAGACAAAUCCAUUGUGGAAGAAACGCCGGAGAAUAUCCAGAAAGAAAUCCAAAACCAACAGAAAGAGAUGAAGGCCGCCGCUUCUAGCAACGCAACUACUUCGACUUUGAAGAAAGGCCCAAUCAUCUCCAGCGACAAAGUUUACACAAACAGACGCUUCCUAAUCAUGAAGCCCGAACAGUCGAACGAGGUAGAGGAAAUGAGUCGCGAGCUAUGCAACAUCCUGGAGACAACCGACAGUGUAGCGAAGAUGCAGGAAACUGUAUUAAGCAAUCUCACGCAAAUCUCCAGCACGGAGACGACGUUGUCGUUAAAAGCAAAGAGUGGCAAUGACUCUUCUGCGGUGGAGACGGUCGAACAGCAGGUGGAAGCAAUGGAAAUUGAUUGCGAGUCUGAACAGACUAUCAAGCAGGAAACGAUGAUGGAGGUGGAGAUCGCGAGCCAACAGACUGAGAUCAAAUUGACUUCCUCCGCGGGAGAAGCGGAAGACGUGAGACAAGAGGAAGAAGAGCUCAGUCAGGAUGAAGACGACACGACUCCGCAUUUGGUCCUUGACACCCCAGAUCUUCCCGAGAGUGCUGACAUCUUCGAGCCGUCAGACGACGUACUGGAUGUGCAAAAGUCGACUACUCUCAACGAGUCCGUUAUCGAACUAUCGCAAUCUAAUGAAACUAUCAAUCUCAAUGAUACAAACGACAGUCAAGAUAGUCUCGAGGACAAACUUUCGCAGAUGGAGGGUUAAGAAAAGAAGGAAACACUUACCCCUUGGAGGAAUGCUGCCCCAAAGAGAAAUCAUGUUCCCAUUACCUUCACCCUGAAGACACUAAUCAGAAUACGAACCCUGAAGACACCAAUCAGGAUACCAAACAGAGGAGAUCGUGACGCGCGAAUUAUUCGAAUCUCUUUGUCUUUCGUGAGCGUGAAGCGAUGGAAUCGAUUGGCUACUUGUAUAAAAGAGGGAGAAGGUUUUUUGAACGAACAGACAAAUUCAAUCGGGAGGUAUUGACAUGUAAAAGGAGGAAAGAAUCACACAUUAUGAGUUCUCUUUGCACAAUUGUUAAAGGUUCUCGUGUGAGUUUUACGUAUAUCAUUGGUACUCGGAAUGUCGUAAAUAUAUCGUAAAUGAUAAUACGCAAUCUUGAUACAGUGAAAUCUUACAACCGUAUAAUCAAUGUAUGAAAGUCUGCUCGAAUUAAGUGUGGCUCUGUCUAUUUCAAGCAGGUCUUUGUAUUAUUAUUACGGUGAAGCCAAUGCUUGGGUAAUAUUGACGCAUUUGUCCCCAAUGGAAGAGAAGUUUAUUUUUAGCAUUUUACAAAAAAUAGAAACAAUCCGGAAUUGUUUCGGGAAUAAUUCAUUUUGACUCUCGGGUGAUUCGAGUUUGCUUGCCCCUCAUAUUAUUAUUAUCCAAUCUCUAGAUAUUGUAUAUCAUCAUUAAACCAUGUAUUAUUACCAAAUAAUUAUUAGAGCCAUACACACACAUUCACACACACACACACACACACACACACACACCAUGCGUACAGACAUGCAUCAUACAUAUACACACAAUAAAAUCUAUCGAGUUAUUAAACUGAGAAAAAAUACUUGACAAUUUAUUUGUGUUCACAUAAAUAAACAUAAAGUUUAUUUAUGUGAAAUAAAGUUUAUUUUUGUAAGAUAAACUUGAUUUCUUUGUGAAUAAGCUUUAUAUUCUACAAAUAAAUUUUUAAAUAUUCUGUUCUCAAUGUAUUAUUCAUGUUAAUCGCAUUAUCAUAGUUACUUUUAUUAUGAGUAUCUGUUUAUAUUGCGAUAUGUUAUCUGGUAUUAUCAGAAUAUGAUUUUAUCACAAGUUAGUCGAGAAUCGCUCCACUUUUUAUAAUUGACGCUAAAUACGCCUUGUCUCGACGUUUGAUCUAAAUUUGAGCAGCUUUUCCAAUGUAGCAAAAAGUAUAACAGCUGCCUUUUUUAUUUUGAUGGAUUGAAUUAGUGAAUUAAGGGUUAUUUUAUAAUGAUUUUAUAAAGAAGCUUGUUGGUUGCAUUAACUCUCAAAUAUCACACACACACACACACACACACACACACACACACACACACACACACACACACACACACACACACACACAUGGUACAAAUGCUUUCCUCGCUAGCGUUAGGAUUUCGUUUCGACAGAGCUCGACCGACAUUCAGAAUAUUAUCGCUAAUUCCCGAUCGCGCAAGGGUUUCAGCUGGGAUAAACUGGUAAUAAUGCAGAUUCACACUGGUAUCGUACUAAUAGUAAUCGCGUGGGAGGAUCUUGCUGCAUUUUUCUCAUGAGUUCAUAGACAUUUGGUCCCUUAUAGUUAGGUCAUCUCGAUCGUUUUGGAGCUCGACGAUCGCGAUGGAUGAACGUAAUAUAUCGCGUUAUCUCGUUUGAAUUUCGUCAAAUAUUCUCUCGCACAUUCUUCUUUUUGAUUCUUUUCUCACUGAAAAAAAUUAAACACGCUGACAGUCAGUUCGCUGACGUUGGAUUAAGUAAUUUAUUUCGAAAAUGGAUUGAGUUGGACGGAAGUGUAAAUACUAUGAUGCACAUAGCACGUCCGUGAAAGAUUCGCCCUCGCUUUCCAAAUUAUGAUGCGGCUAUAAUUUUACUAAAUUAUCAUAUUACUCUGAGAUAAUAAUGACGUAACAGGGAAGUCCACUUAUAUAACCGGAUUCACGUUUCUCGAAUUGUAGAUGAACUUGUUUGGGUAGAGAUCUCUCUGAAUAUGUUUGUCCAACAAACAUGAGGAUUUCCAUCCUUUUUGUUCUGUUGCGUAACCAUGAUGUAAUAGAUGUUAGUAGUUACGAAUAUUCUCUCUCCCUACGUUUUUAUUCUUAUUAUUUCUCUCGGUUGUCGGUGCAAUGGACCUUAACAAAUCAGGCACUUUAAACAUUGGGAACACAAGAGAUAAUGAGAUAUAUUAAAUUUAUAGGCGUACGUUUACGGUAAUUAAUCUUCAAGAUUAUUUCUUUAAUUUACUUACGGAUACGGUAAGAUAGGCUAACAUUGCAAAUAGCCAGCAAAUAUUUGAAAUUACAUCUCUAUGAAAUAUACAAAAAAUACGGUGUGUAAUUAUAAGAGA